AUAUAAAAAUACUAAUGGUUUGUAGCGAGCUUGGCUGCUCAAUUCAUAUUCUAUUCAAUUAAAUAUACUUGCUCUUGCAUCAAUUUUAAUACUGCGAUAUAAUAUAAAAUAUAGAAGACUUUUUAUAUAUGUAAUGGCUUACUUAUAUGUAAUUGUCGUCAAUUUUUUGUGAAUAUAGGCCAUUAGCCUCAUCUAAAAAGUAAUAUUUAAAUUGUGGAAAGAAGGGGAAAAAAGAAAAAUAUACUAUUUUUAUAUAAUUAAGAUUAUUACACACACAUAUAUUGAUGAUUACUAACAAUAUGCGACGUUCUCGUUCUGGAAAUUACAGCUACGAGCCAUUACCAAGUACAUCUGCUCACAAUGCCUUGGAGGAUGAGAAUGAAAGGAUGACAGGAGAGUUACAGGAUAAAAUUCAUGCCUUAAAAUCUUUGUCCAUUGACAUUGGCACUGAAGUAAAAUAUCAAGACAAAGUUUUGAGGAGUAUGGACGAUGAUUUUGACAGGACAAGUGGUUCCUUAUCGGGUUCAGUAUCACGUGUUUUACGUCUAGCAAAAGCAGCUCUGGAAUCAUUGUCACCGCAUAGGAUAUAUGAGUUUGGAUAAGCUAAUGUUGCCUGAAAUUUUAGAUAGUGUCUUGUUUAUAAAUGUUAAACUUAAUUAAAACCGCUUCAACUAAAUUCUAAUUAAUUUAAUCAUGUACAGCAGAGUUGUAUUAUCAAUAUCUGCAUUUUGUUAAUAUAAAAAGAAUUAUUAUUAAUUAUGUGUAUAUAAUAUGUAUAAAAAAAGAUUAAACUAAAUGAAUAACAAAUUAGUUAUUUAAACAUUUCUAAAAAGAGUUAAUCUCCGACUGAUUGGAAUUUAGUCAAAGUGAUCUUUAUAAUAUCUAUUAUUGUAUAAAUAUACACCUCUAUAGGAAUGGAACCUCCUCCACACAUAGGAUCUACUAUUAUAUCUCCUGGCUUUGGAUUUGCCAAUCUUAACAAAUUAUAACAUAUAGUUGAUCUCAGGGUAGUGGGCCCAAAACUUGCAAUAUUUCUGCGAUGCAUGGAUUCAUGAGUUACACGUAAGUGCGUUAACAAUAAAUCUAAAAUAUUUAAAUACAAUUAGUUAUAUAAGAACACAUUUAGCCUAUUAUUAAUAUAUAUAAUCAUGCUAUUAAAAAUUUAAUAUGUAUUUUCCAUUAAUAAAAGUUUCAAUUUUUACCAUCCAUUAAUUUGCAGACAACUUCCAGAUGGUAUUUUGUUAAAUCAACUAUCCAGUGAUAUUUGUUCUGUGCUAGUUCUCCAAUAAUCCUAGCAACAUCCUUAGACUCGAAUACAUGCUUACCAGUCCUCUCGCAUGUUACUCUGUAUCUAAGUACAUCAUUUUCCUUGGAUUCAGAAGGAUCCUGACCUCUUUUCUUCCCUUUAUUUUCCGUUUCUUUUUCUGCGAUGCAUCUGAUUCCAAUGACUCGUGCUCUUCUUUUUUUUCAUCCUGUAUCUCUAAUACCUCAGUUUUAGUCACAAGAGUUUGCUCUUUUGCUGCGAUAUAUUCCUCAAUUGUUGGAUAAAUCUUCCCCAAGAAUCUUGUUGCACAUUUCCAUGCAUCGAGAGCUUUCCUCCAUCUUUCAUCCAAGUUUGAGACUACAUAAUUAUAUAUAGAUUUGAAAUCUGUUUCUUUGUCAUUGGUAAAAGAUAGCCUUCCUAUAUCAACUACUAUGAAUACGUUAUCUAUCGAUCUCAUUUGCUGAAUCUACAAUAUGUCAAAGAAAAAUACAAAAUAAAUCAUGAAUAAUGGAACGAAAAAAAUUACAGA